AUGUACCGCAGCGCCAUUUUUGUGAUUUUGGCUACAGUAUGCGUUGUGUCAGCUCAAGAUGCCAAAUGUGGUACGCCCGAGACAGACUAUGCUCCUUGUGUACCAAAGGAGAGAGCUGACUCGUUGUUCGCCCAUUGCUGCCGUCAGUACGCUCCAGAGGGCUGUCAGGCCCUAUGUCAAUAUGAGACUGAUGAGCUGACCGCUAGAAACUUGGUAAGAUUUUUUACGCGCUUUAUCGUACUGUAAUUUACCGUACCGUGUCCUACCGUACCGUACCCUAAAUUAUUUUAUCUUACCUUUCUCUAUCCUACAGUAUCUUACUGUAUCCUACCGUACCAUACCCUACCGUAUCCCACUCUAACCCACCUUACUCUACACUACCGUAUCCUACAUUACCGUACCCUAUCUUAACAAUUUUUCAAAUUUCAGCUUCUCCAAUCAGUGAAAACCGGCAAAUGUGACCUGAAGCACAUGAGCACCGUGCUCUACUGUGCCUCCCAGAACCAGGACAACAGAAAGUGCUGCGAACACCUGAACCUGUCCGACAACAAACUUGGCGUGGGCAACCGUUGUCUUCGUUUCUGUGACCCCGCCGGCGAAGGAAUCUCGUCGAUCAGCCGUACCGACGUGACGUGCUUGUUCAACUGGAACGUGCUGAUGUACUGUCAUCAGUCCGGUCUGAAGGAAGAGUAG